AUGAUACCGCCGGAACCGUCACCAUCAUCGCAGUCGCAAGAACAACCAUCUCUGCUUUCGGUUUUAAAGGCGCUUCCAGCAGAUUGCGUCCGGAAUAACCUUGUUUCAGCUUUCGGAAGGCUCAGAGAUAUAGAUAGCAGCCGGUCACGCCCACCCAUUGGUGCCCAUCAAUGGCUGCCGGGUCAAUGGACACCUGUCCUCUACGGUCUCUCCCAUGGAUGGCGCACCUACGCACGUUGCGUCCUCACUCGGAGUCUCACCGUCGACCUAGCCAUCGCAGUCUCGCUCCAACGCACACAAAACCCAUCUGAAUCCCUCGAGGCCUUCCUCAGCGGCUUCCCCAGCCUCCAACAUCUCACCGUUCUCGCCGGCAAUGGUGGCGCACCCGUUGACGAUUCCGUCAGGCCGCCGCCCACUGCAUCUGGCUAUGGCAAUGGCAGCAGCACGUUGCUCGCCAUGGCAGAGGCGGUCAACGUGGCCCUCGCCACGCAGCAGCUCCUCCAUCUUAGUCGCUCCGAAACCACCGCAGCAAACCCAGAUCAGGGGAUGGCCCGACUGACUUCCCUGGAGCUGCGGCUCCACCCUGCUGUCUGGCGGGCGCUGCGCGGCUUUGACCCAGAUGAGUUUUUGGCUCGUUUGGUGGCGGCGCACCCCUCCCUGGAGAGCCUGACGGUUAACGUAGCUGCACCGCCGAUGCCGCCGCCGUCACUGGCGGUGUCGCCGGCACCGGUGGAGGCGGAGGCAGGGAGCAUGGGCCACGACGCCGGGCCGUUGGCAGUGGUGGGCGUUGGCGCGCUGGCGACAUUACCGGGGCUGACGCGGCUGCGUUUUGUGGGCCCUAUAGCGUUGGAGGGCUUGGCAGCGUUGGUACAUCUGCAGGCGCUGUCCAUAGAGGGCGUAAUCCCCACGGCUCAUGACGCCCUGCCGGCCCUUACCGCACUGACCUGCCUGCGGCUUUCGGACAGCCACCUGCGGCCCCUCCCAUCCAAUCCACCGCAAACAGCCCGCACGCCGGGCCCGGCUGCCGUCGUACUGUCGCCGUACAUGAACCUCAGCCGUAUGUUUCGCUCUCUGCGCGCACUGCACCUACCCCAAGUCGCCGUGGGUCCCUCGGAGUGGCAUCUGUUGGCGGCGCUGUGUCCCACACUUUGCGAACUUGAGCUCGCGAACUUGACACCACGGAUUGCCGGCGGCGGCGCUGCAGCUGCGGCGGCCGUGGCGGCCGUGCCGCGGCUAACGUCCGCCGCCGCCGCGGCGGCGGCAGCCGCCGCGGGAGCCACGCCUGUUCCGGAUUGGUUCCUCCGCGCCACUGUCGGCGAUGAAGUGGCAUACAGCACCGGUACCGGCAUUACGACGUCGGUCGGGAGCGGAAGCGGCGGCGUCACGAAAUGGCAGCGGAGCGGCAGCAGCUUGCCGACGGCCGGCAGCGCACCGCGGCCCGGUCUCGGUGGCAGUAGCGGUGAACAUGGCAGCAGGAUUUCCCCUAAGGGCUCUGGCAUCGGCGCCGCCAGCCGCUGCCCCUUUGCAGCUUUGACGGUCAGUGGCGGCAGCGGCGGCGCCGCCAAUGCCGCCAAGCGCAUGGAGGACUGCAGUAACGGCAGCGGCUGUAGCUCCGCCCCGCUGAUCGGUGUACGGCAGUUGACUCUGUGGGAGUACAUGGCGCCGUUGCAGUUGGUUGAUGUGUUGCAACUGAUACCGGAUUUGCGGGAACUGCGGGGAUCCCUUCUGCUAGACGAUCCCCCGGACGUCCCCGCCGCCGGCCUACGUCCCGCCGCCGUCGCGGCGCUGCGGCCCCUAGCAGCCGCCCUCCGAACCAUCCACGAUGUUCGUCUGUCUGUCAGCUGUGACCCGGCAGCCGUUACGGGGCAACUGGCCGGGCUGUUCCUGAUGGAAAGCGGGUUGGCUGACGUGGCAGGUAUCCAGGGGCUGUCGUUAACAGUUUGGGUGGCGGCGGAGAAGCAGUUGGGUUCGUUGGCGGCGUUGCUACAGCUACGGAGUUUGGAGCUCACGUUGGGGAAACAGGAGCAGGAGUCGGAGCUUUCUGUGCUUACUCGCCUGGAGCGUCUCUCCUACCUGUCCCUUCAAAUCGUACCUGGGAUCUGGAAUGAGAUUCAGGGCCGUACAGGCCGCGUCACUGCCGGCGCGGCGCUCCGCCUGGCCAUGUCCUUUGCCGCUGGCCAAGUCCUGCUUCUGGUGGCUGACGUGCACCGAGAGAUUUGCGAGGACGAGGCAAUCUCACUGCUGAAGUCCGUGGAGAUGACGACAGGUCAGCCAGGGGCAGCUUGGGCGGUGUCGGCGUGGGUGGAGGACACGGCAGAAUGCAUUAUGGGGUUAGGGCCCAGUGCCGGCGCCUCGGGAACACUGGGGGGUGGGGGAGGAGGGGCUGCAGGAGGAGGGGGAGGAGGAGGUGACGGGGUGGGUGUUUUGCGUGUCGUGUGGACGCCGGAGCUGGUUCGUCGUUUGUUGGGAGUUGUAGCGGCGGUAGAGGGCCGCGGCGGCCCUGGGGGGUGCGGGGCUGCGACGGUAAACUUCAUGGGUUCUGAGGAGCAGAGGCUGGGCCGCGUGUUGGGUAGUUGA